UGGAUUUACAAUUUUUGCGGUACGGCUGGAAUAUUUGAAUUACUCACGUUGUCUAGCUUUUCAGUUUAGCCUUCAAAAUGUUGGUGAGAUCCUCAGCAAACGAAAAAUUGCCCUGUUAUUAAGAAACAGUAAUCGUUAACCUGCUAAAGGUAUGUUAAUACCGUAGCAAUUCGGCACAGUGUAAACAUGAUCAACAAAUUCACGACCAGAAUAAAAGCCAGCUUGUUUCGUGUGACUUAGUCUUUUAAUGGUUUUGAUCAAUCUGCGAGGUAUGGUAGUUUGGACGCGGUCAAAAGUAAACUUGUUCCCCUUUAGUUGUUACAUAGAUGAUGUAAGCCUUCUCUAAAGAACAGGAGGUAAGUUGUCCAGAUUUAUUCCGCUUCAAGCGUUUGGGUUCCUUCUAAACUUUUCGCGAUAGGCUUUUUAGUUAACACUGUCAAAGGAGCCUUCUAUUCAAACAACCUUUAUUUGGAAUUCAGUCGAUUAGUGAAGCCUCCGCUCUGGUACUUACUGCAAUAGCAGCGCCACUUAAACCAGGGAGUGUCCGGUUUCGCUCACACGAAACAAGUUUUACAAAUCGACAGAUGGAGAGCGGAUUAGUAGUACCUCACGAGGGUCUUAGAAUCAACAAUGUCUAGUCAACCGAUAUCCAGACAUCGGAAACAGCACUUUCCUCGUUUAGAACGUCGGAAAUUAAUUACUCCUCUAUCUCAGAAUCUCCCUCUCCAAGAAUAUGAAUCAGAUGAAGAUCCAGUUUAUAUUUCUAAGCAUCCACGAAGUUCAUUAAUAUCCACUAGUCAUAAACCAUUCCGUCCAGUCAAAACAGAUUCAAAAGAUAAUAAUGGAUCGUCUGGUCGUCCUGAUAAACGUGCUAGAGAUGAACACAAUGAACAAGAACGUAGUCGUCGACGUGAACUAGCUGUUAUUUAUGAAUUAAUUCGAUGUAGCUUUUCGAAUGAUGAUUUACGAUAUCUUGGUCAUUGUAAUGGCCCUAAAUCAGUUGAUAAAUUAUCAUAUCCACAAGUUUUACAAAUAGCUUACCAAUUAUUACGUGAAGAACAGCAUAAUUUGACUUUAUUCGAAAAAUCUUUAAACGAUCUAAAAUUAAUUGAAAAAGAAUUUGUUCGUGCCGGUCUCCCAGUUCCUGAAAGACCUAAAUGUCCUUAUAUAUUAGAUACUUAUCGAAAAAUGGUUCAACUUGUCGAUAAUUUACUACGUCAUGAUAAACUUGCUCGAUCUGUUGAUGGUGUCUAUGAAGUGACUCCUGCAGAACGUGCAGCUAUUGGAGAUCAAGAAAUGUCAUUUCUUUUACCACGUUCACAUCAUACAUCUACGACUACUACUACAGAUUAUUGCGAUCGUAUUAGAGGACGAAGAUCGUUUAAUCUUACUAACCGGUCAAAUUAUACGGAGAAUUAUUUAGAACGAGAUGAUACUAGAAGUUGUUUUUCGAAUUGGUCCAAUGUUUCUGCAGCCCAAUCUAAAUUUAAACGAUCCUCUUCUUCAGCAUCUCUUGAUUAUGGAGCAGAGGAUGACACCGACUCAAAUCUUAUACCACUUACACCUCCAUCGAAUAAUCAUCAUCUUCGUAGUACUACUUCUAGUUGUAAUAAUAAUACUACUAUUACUACUAAUAAUAGUAGUAGUACUAAUAAUAGUAACCAAUGGUUAGGUGAUCCUGAAUUCCUGGAUAUUUUAUCAGAAUUCAAAGAAGAUCCUGAUAUUAAGAAUGAAUUUCAAACACCAGUUGAUGAUGAUGUCGAUGUUGAAAGUCUUUUGUUGAAUUUUGUCCCGGAUGAAACACUUAACUAGAAAAUUGUCCUCCUUUUAUUUGUUUUAAAUAAAAGUGCACAUGUAUUAUGUAUAUAGAAAAAUUAUAUGUGUAUUCCUAUUUUUUUUGUGGCUUCUUAUCAUGUGCCUUCUUAUUAUUAUAUCUAUUGUAGUUUUUUCUUCCAUUUCUUUUUUGCUACCGUUUAUUACAUCUUAUUGUUACUAUGACUACUAUUAUCCCCCCCAUAUCGGGUAUAAUACUAUUAGCUUGUUUUUGGUAUUCCUUUCUUUGAUAUUCUUUUCAAUUCAAUAGUAUCUAUGUAUGUAAUUUAUAAUAAUAAUUAUUAUUAUUAAUUUAGUCACCAACAGUGUUUCCUAAGUGUAUUCAACAAGAACUUUACCACAUUGGAAAAAAAUGCUUCGGUUACCAUGUUCGUGUUCUCACACACAUACACACAUUUAUAUACAUAUAUAUAUA